GUCUUCGAGGUCUUGUGUGAAAUUCGACAUCAAUGAAUAGAUACGACGCGGUGAAGAUGUCGCUAUGUCUAGAGAUGAUUUUAGAAGAAAGUAGGAUAGAAGAUUGAUGCGCAUGAAGACACCAUUGAUCGGUGUAGAUAUGAAUCUGUAACUGUAGUAGGUGUAGGACAGCUAGGAUUAUGGUAAAUGUCGAGCGAGGGGGCAAGAUCAGAGUCUGUAUGUGCUGAGCUGUAAGUAUCUCUGUUGUAUCAAAAUGGCGUCUGAUGAGGGUGACGGAGUUAGCACUGACGCUGGUCCAUCUGCGGAAACGCUUGAAUCCGCAGCUGUCUGGGUAUCGGACGCUAUUGCCGGAUUUCUGCCUGGUGAAGUGAUAAAUUUCGAUGCCGUGAAAUCCGGCAAAGAGACGGAGCUCUCUGUUGGGCUUCUCCGUGCAGCUGAGCAAGCUGGUGUGAGCAAUGGAAGAAGCGGCGCGGCGGGACGAAAGCCUGGCGCCGGUGGAGGUGAUAGAAGCGGAGGCGGCGGAAAGAAGUCGUAUGUCGAAACGAGAACAAUAGCUAAUGCGACACUUCUGCGACCUCGGAAUGCAAAUGCAGAUACCGCAGAGGCAACGUUCGAUGACUGUGCGGGUCUGCAUCAUUUGCAUGACGCUGGGAUCCUAGAGAAUCUGCGUCUGCGGUACUACUACUUCCUUACUUUGUGAGAUGAAAAGAUGAUCGGAUUAUUCCUAAAAUUGAAAAGAGGCACAGGCACUCUAACUUCUAGUUCUGGUACUAGUGAAGGGAUCGAUUCACUGAUGUAGAUGUAGUGAGAGCGGUCAUUACGACAGAUAAUGGCUGUUCAUUGCUGCUUAUCCUCUACUCAGAUACACGAAGGACCAGAUUUACACCUACACUUCGACGGUGCUAUUUGCGGUGAAUCCCUACAAAGAUGUGGGUCAGAUGUACUACACAGAUGCGCAUAAGAAAAAGUAUCGGCGCCUUCCAUCACUACACGCGCAGCCUCCGCAUCCGUAUGCCAUAGGUGACUUAGCAUACAGAAAGCUUGUCCACGACCGACAAGAUCAGGCUAUCUUGAUCUCCGGAGAAAGCGGAGCAGGAAAAACGCAGACAGCGAAGAUUGUCAUGGGCUUCUUGGUAUUUCCAUCUUUGGUGUCUAGAAACGAGUGAUAUUUGACUCUUACUCAGUUGAGGUCCAAUUCAGCCAGUGCUGCUCAGUGCUGCCCAGAACAAGUGAUUUAUUUUUUGUUAAUACUAUAUUCAUUCUGUAGUAGAUAAUGCCCUCUUCACACGACAGGUCGAGAAUGCGUCUGGAAAGCGCGAGCAGCAGAGUGAAACCGACACACUCGAUAACAUGAUUCUGCGCAGUGCGACGCCAAUUCUGGAAUCGUUGGGCAACGCGACGACCAUUCGCAAUAACAACUCGAGCCGCUUCGGAAAAUUCAGUCACUUAGCUUUCAACGCCCGCGGCGACUUGGUGGGAGGGGAAAUUCGGACGUACCUAUUGGAAUCGUCCCGAGUAGCGAAAUUUGGUCCAGGCGAAAGAAGCUACCACAUUUUCUACGAGCUCUUGUCCGGUGCACCAGCGGCGCUGCUAGAGACACUUGGUUUGGAGCGCAGUGGAGGCGCAGGAAAGGAGACGAAGCAAAAAAGAUACAUCAUAGCGUACGGAAGCGAGGAUGACGUACGAAAAAAUGUGCCAAGUCGGGGCAAAGAAGAAAUGGAAAACUUCAAAGCUUUUCGAGAGGGACUGCAUAUUAUGCGCUUGAAUGAGGAGGGAAUCGACGCAAUUCUGGAGACGAUCGCGGGAUUGGUAGUUUCCUCCCUGACAUACUUGUUAUUUUGCAGAAAACAGCUAAUUUCGCUUUCUGUCUUGAAGAAGGGAAACGGAAUUUCAUUAUAGACAUUGAAUGCUCUCCCUCUCCUCGUUUUCGUCGAUAAAUGCAAAGAGAUGAGGUAUACUAUAAAACGAACAGAUUCACCUUUUCGAGUUAGAGUUUGAGGAUGCGGCUGAUGGGCAGGGAGUGCAAGUUGCGAAGUCGACGGCCACUGCUCAUGCUCAUCAACAUGCAGCGAGGCUCCUGGGUAUGGCGUCCGAAAAGCUGUGUGCGGCUUUGUGUAGUAAGGCAGUGACAAUUCGCGGGAGCACGAUCCGCAAGAAUCGAACUCAGCAGCAGGCGAAGGCUGCACAACAGGCCUUGACGAAAAUGCUGUACAAGCGACUUUUCGACCACGUUGUGGAGAAGAUAAACGCGUCCUUGAUGGUUGCAGGCCAAUCACGCGAUGGCGGAGACGAAGGUGGCUCAGGGAGCUCGAGACGGCACAUUGGUACUAGUGUGAUCACCAUCGAUCUGCAUUACAGGAGUUCACAUCAGACCCAUCAGAUCCUGAGCGUGACUUGUUCAAAAAAUUGUAGUGAAAAUGUAGGUUGUAUGCAAACGAGAAAAUUUGGUUGGCAGAUCGACUAAGGCAACGGACAGUAUCAAUCAUGAGCUCCAUCUGAUAUACCCAGCUCAGUAUUCAUCACCUCUGAAGAGAAGUACCAAGAAUGCGCUUCACGUGCUUGCUGAUUCGAGUUCUCCAAACCAGUAGUUGCAAACUCUAAUCAUUCAACUUAAACUCUCUGACACGCAAUCUAACAAGGUAUUCUGGACAUCUAUGGUUUUGAGCAGCUACGCACGAACAGCUUCGAACAGCUGUGCAUUAACCUUGCUAACGAGCGUUUGCAGGAGUUCUUCCGAGAACGUGUGAUUGUCGCGGAGCAGAACACUUAUGAAAGCGAAGGCUUGCCGAAAAUUCCAAUAGAAAUGACUUCUGCGGAGGACCUGCUCGGCGCCAUCGGUGACACGCUGGAUCUACUGCAUGAUCACGGCUGCAGAGCGUUGAAAAACAGCUCGAUGACGAAUGACAAGCAGUUCACAUCAGACGUGAUCAAAAAGAGCGGCGACUACAUGCGACAGCUGAAGCGAGGAGGCAGAGCAAAGGGCAAGCCCGGAGCCGGAGGAAAUCACGAAUUAGGUACAGGAAAAACUGAAGAAGCAGGGGUUAUGUUGUAGCAAUGUUUAUGUAAGUAGUUGAGGGUAUGGUUAUCUAUGUUCUUACGCAUUUUGCCGAAGCCGAGGAGAUUCAAGUCAUCUUCUAUCUAUGUAUAUGCAUAGGGUAAAAGUAGUAAAUCUACAGAAUUUUUUUGGGCUUCGAUCACGUCCUCGCAUUGUGUCAUCAUUCAAAUUCAGAUGCCGCACUAGCUUUCGUGGUUACACACUAUGCAGGAGAGGUGAGCUACUCCACAGACGGAUGGCUAGACAAGAAUAAUAGUGUCCUCUCGGAGGAGUGCGAGACGCUGAUCGCAGAGUCUCAGCACUCAGUCAUCGCCAAGCUCACAGGCGAGGGGGAUGGUGACCAGACUAGCGUGGCGGCGAAGUACUACAAAACUUAGAAGAGAAUAACUAUGCUGAGAUUCCAAGCGGGUCAACAUCAUCAUCAUCAUCAUCAUCAUCAUCAUCAUCAUCAUAAGGUGACCAACAGGCUCAAUAUGCUCUUCCGACGUGUUACUUUCUCCCUGACGACCCAGGAUCUUCAGUUUAAUCAAGCAAUUAGUUUUUGAUUUUGAUUGAAUCCUCAGGUACCAGGUCGAUCUGGACGCGCUCUUGGAUACGCUUGCGGGCUGCAAUCUCCACUACAUCCGCACAUUCAAGCCGAACCUCUCGCAGGCACCGGGCAAGUGGGAAGGCGGCGCCUUGCUAGAUCAGAUGCUCCAAUCUGGGUCCGUUGACUUGGUGAAAAUCAUGCACGAAGGCUACCCGCAUCGCUGCGACUACACUGCUCUGUACCGUCGCUUCGAGCCGAGUUUGCCCGCAGAACUGCAGCAAUUGGAGAACCCCUUAAUCUUUAUCGUAGCGCUAAUGGCUUCCCUAGAAAUCCCUAAAACCGAGUACGCGAUCGGGUCGAGUCGCCUGUUUCUCAAAAGUGGGUGCCUCGCACUAGUGGACGAGCUCACCGACAACGGCGGCGGCAUUCCAGACAACAUUUUGCAGAACCUGCGGCGCCUAGUCCGCGCCAAGAAAGUGCGGCGUUGCUUUCACACCGUCACGCUGUGUCUGUUUCUGCCCAAAUUUCUGAAGGAGGUCCGCAUCGCGAAGCACGUGCGGGGUCUCAAGAUUGCAGCCAGGAACUACGUGCGCAUUCACAGGUGGUGCGAGCACGUGCGCAAACGUUUGCGCGACUUGCGUAUCGAGAGUUGCAUUCGCAAGAUGCAGCAGGCGUGGCGAUGCGCACGCGGAUUUGUCCGCCUGUUAACACAAGCAAGACGCAGAAUCGCGUGUCGGCGAAAUGUCGACAUCGCAUUUCGGCUGUACCCGACUCUAUGCCGCUUCCUGCGGCGCUGGGUGACGCGGGAGCGGGAGCGCGUGCGCCGGAGACUCGAGCUUUGGGCAGGAGUCUGCAACUAUGUGCGUCUAUCGCGGUUCCUGUCUAGGGCAGUGCGGGAUAGAAGAGCGAAGAGACGUCGCGAGCAGCGCAAGUUGGUGGACGGAAACAUGGCUUUCUUCCACGCGAUUGUACUUCUGAGGCGCCGAAUGCUGUCCGGUUGCGUCGCGCCAGGAGGCCGCUCGAAGGUUUUCACUGUGCGUGAAUUUGGGCUUUUGCAGAAACGCGCGACGAUCCAAAAGGGGGAAGACAGCCACGCAUCGCGCAUGUCAGUGUUGCAGAAGCUGCGGCGCAGGUUACGAACAAAGAAGCUUCUUUCGCUCUUUUUCCGACACGCCUUACUGUCGACAGUUUUCCGCAGAUUCGUGGAGCAUCGUAGAACCUCCAAAAAGAGCUGGCCUGCGAUAUUCCGCGGCGUCGCGCGCGCUACCGGGAAAUUCAAGCGAGCCCUGCUCCGAGCGCGGGCACGAAAGGUGGAGCAAUUGGAAAAGCGCAUGCGCACUCACAAGCUUAUCAUGCACAUGUGCAGGUUCGCGCUCCUCGUGAAGCCAGCACGCAAAUACAUCCGCCGCUUGCGGGGUCGCAUGCGCGCAAAGAGAAACAGCACAGCUCUAGGUGCUACCCCGAAUGGCAGAAUAUCUGCCUUAAGGCUUCGAUGGUGGAUUCAUUGAGACUACUAGACGAAAAGGAGCGACAAUUUGAUGCUGAGUAAGUAUUCUCCAUGGAGUUAGACAUAGUUCUGAAUGUUUUAGUUUUAGUAAGUUAGCUUAUUAUUUUUCGCUUUUCCUCUCUAUCAUUCCGUUGUGCCCUUGAUCACGAACCGGUACUUUUAACGAGUUUUUCAUGCUUUAAUUCUUGCGGACGAGAGCGGCGCAAUUGCGACUGGCGACGGCGUGCUCAUUACACAGGAACGGUGGGAGAUGAUACAAGAGAUGGAAAAACGCUUCAAGGUCAUUGAACAGCACUAUUUGACCGAAAAUCGGCGAUCCGUGCAACGCGAUAGCCGCAGUACGCCACCAUUAAGGCAGCUACCGCUGAAGCAUGCCCAGAUCCAUCCCUGGCUUCUUUUUCAAGUGGAAAAAGGGCUCAGGGAUGGACUCAAGGACGCGACGCGGUAGCUCUAACACCAAGGGACAGUCGGGAUAGCCUGCCUCCUGGGGAACUGUUGAGUUUCUCCUUCGUCUCCAGUGUCACGCCUGGCGAUGCACCGACCGCCGAGCAGAGUCCUUCAGAGUCGUGGCCCGGCCAAACGCUCGAAGAAAUGGGUGUACACUUGCGGGACCGGCAGGGCGUCGUCACCACACAUCGUGGGAGCUACACUGCGAGGCGGGAAGAAGAGGAGGACGACGAUCAUGCAAAUAAUCCUGAGGAAGCAAACGGUGCUGCUUUUGCUGACGCGCCUCCGACGAAAGACCGGAGUAGUACAACGUUUGAGUCGUCCGCACCAUCGGGAGGCAUCAUCUCCAAGAAACACCCCAUUGGUUGUCUGUCGACGACCGGAACAACUUUUGAUCUUCAUCCGCAGUUUCUCGAGGGUGCGCCCAUUGCUGGGUCAGAGGUGGACAUUAAUAUGGCGCCGAAAAGGCACACCUUUGCAAUGGGAGAGGAAGGCUGUUUGACAGCGAGCAAAGAGUCCACCCGCGAUGGUUCCGACGGAGCUUCAUCUGCGUGCAACACGAGCAAGGAAACUGCAUCCUCUAGUGGCGUCACAUCAGGUGGUGGCUCAAAAAGUUCUGUUCUCGGCGAUGCGACGGCGCCAUUCAGCGAGAGCAGGAAUUCUGGGGUAGCUGGAGAGAGUCUUACAUCUUCGCGAACCUUGUUAGGUGGCACUCCAGUCAAGAGACUGUCGGAUCAUCAGAAGGACACGACUGGAGGAGUAAAGCCAGCUGCAGCGGCCGGUGCCGCUGCUGUGAAAAGUAGCUUGGAGCAGGACAAACUGUUUGAUACCAAGUUCGACGUGGCAGCCAUGAAGAGAAUGAAAAAGAAGAAUAAUUUUCGUCGGGCCAGCUUAGCUGGCAGCAGUGUCGCUGGUCUCAAUACUGACAUUAAGGGUUGCAGCUUGAUGACCUAUCUAAAAAGAGAGAGCAUAUCUAUGACGAUCAUUUCAAGAAGAAAAGUUAGAAAUCUAUACGUAGAUAUGCAACCGAGUGAUAGGUCAAGUUGAAACCCCUAAUUAUACCAGCGCAGACUUGUCAGCGGGAGGGCGGCCAAUGGUGCCGCCACUGGCUUUACAUAAAUUCAUACCACCAGACAGACGGAUGAUCAGCGAUGUAGAUCGAGCGAGCCCCACGAGUCAAGUGAGUAGCAAUUUCACAAGCAUCUCGCAGAGGACGCCUUACUAUGCAGAAUCAGCGCGAGGACCACCGAGGGAUGCGUGCAUGCCCCUAGGAUUCAGCGCAUGCUCCCCGACGUACUUGAUUUAGAUAUGGAGGAUUUUUUUACAAACGAAGUUCUAGGAAGCUGUUGUCUUGAAAAGAUCCAUGUUGCUCUCUCUUGUCAAUUGAAUCUAUCAAUUAUAUUCACAUAGUUUAUAAUCUACUUUUGCUCGCAUGUUCGGCAGAGGACGAUAUCUUCGUAUGCUCCUAUCAACUGCUAUCAACUGCGUUCUCGCAACUGAAUCUUCUAUCAAUAUACUUAGUUUAUCUACGGUUCACAUCAGGGAGCACCACCUCGGCGCGCCGCAGUCUGCACGCGGGACGCGAAGUGACCCGUAUCAUGGUUAUCGUUAUCAUUAUGACCACCCAAGCGGUCCGAUGGGGUAUCCUCAUCCGGGGUACCAUCCACACCAGGCGGGUCCUCUUCAUCCGGGGUAUCAUCAUCCGGCACACGGCUAUCACCCUUCGGCUCCGAGCUCAGGUUACCACCAUCCGGUUCCGGGUUCGGGGUACCCUCAGCCACCACCUGGCACGUUCCCCCGCGACGGGUGUGACAACAAUGAAGAGCACUCCAUGUCGACAGCGGCAGGUGGUUCGAGUUCAAGCCGCGGGUCGAGCUCAAGCGGCUCAGCAGUGAGGGCGCGAUCAUCCUUGCCGGCGCAACGAAGCGCAGGAGCAGGAUCAUUUGCUUAUCCUCCAAUGGGAGGUGCCUUCUCCGGUCAUUACAUUUAAGGACAUGAUUACAGGACAUGGUUUCACCUAGACUUGUAAUAUAAGCGGCGCUAUGAUCGAGAGCUUACAGCUCUCUCUAUUUUUAGGGCACCAACCUGGAUGAAAAUGAAAUUAAAAAUAGACGAAAAGCAGACUGAAUUACGAUUUCCUCUAAUGCGUGCCGCAUCCCGGAGUUGCAGAGGAGUUCCCACCAUUUGCGGCAGCCUAUCCACCAGGAGCAACGCCAAUGUACAAUGGAUGUGUGCCGCAACAUCCGGAUGCAGUAGUACCGCCUCCGGGUCUUAAGACGAGUCAUCACCUAAUCGUCCAUAAUCGAUCCACCUACCUAAUCCAUAAUCCACCUUGAGAGGAGCAGUCAUCCUAGGAGAGAGGGUUUUAUUCAAGGGGAUUUUGAGUUUCCCAGGAUGGAUCGCAAGAUGAGUUAACGCGAGCUCUAAUGGUCAUCGAGGAUAUUACUAUCCACCACACCACCCAGGGUCGCAUGUGGUCGCUGGAUACCCAGUUGUUCCCGAUCCUCAUGAUCCUCAUGCCUAUCUAGGUGGACCCGUAGUUGGUGCUGUGGGUGUUGCGCCAGGACAUGAAGCAGAUCACCAGUCAAAGCAAGAACGAGGAUCGUUGAACCCGAGAGCUUCGCCAGAGCGCAAAACUUCCAGUGGAGGCCUUUUGUCCGGUGGACUCCUCUCGAAAUUGAGUGGGAGGAACAGCACAGAAAGCAAGUCUAGUUAAGGCUCAAUGUCAUUUCUACAAGCCAUUUCUCCGGGUUUCCUGUUCCUCAUUAAUAUCGGUAUUGUUCUGAAGAAAUGAAGGGAAGAAGCGAAAUGCUCUUAGCUCUAAUCUAGUCCGAGAGAAAGUCCUGCACGCGGCGGUCUCUUCAGCAGGCUCUUCGGCGGUGGAGGAAAGAAAAAGUGAAGCGAUUAACACCCUUGUUUUGUCAAGUCUCCUUAAGACAGUAUAUAUAAGCGCUCUCCGUUGUCGUGAAAGUACUUUUACUGUCCUCACACCGCUGUUUUCUUGCUUAGACUUUGAUUUUUUUGAGCAGCCUUAUGUUCGUAAUAUGAAGAAAGAUGAGGUCAUGCUGUUUUCACGCUGGUGGGGUACUGAAAACACAAGACAAACAGCGGCGCAAGUGAAAUAGAAGGCAUAGUUAGAGUGAGAUAGUCGUCGUCAUCAUGGCGUCCCAUUAUAUAGUUCAACUAGCGAGACCAUUUUCAAUAUCAAUAUUCACGACAUAAAUGCCAUUCAAAAUCGUGUAUGAUUGAAUUCAUACACAACACGCAGGCAAAGAGCCAGAGAUGUACCUACGGAGUGACAGUCCUGACAGAUAAGGUGUACACAGCAGGAACAUAGAUGUUUGCAUUUAGAGUACUCUCUCUUAAUCUAUAAUUCUUGUCCCAUACGACAAAUAUUUAUGUGGAAUCUUGCAUACACAGGCCGUUUCAGUUCGAGACCAAUCAUUGAAUUUUACGUUACUGUUCCAUCGAUCAUUCAUAUCUAUCAUGUAUCUCUUUGAGCAAAUGCCCUUUUCCGACCUACAGUUAUUUGUUGGUGACAAAAAAUGAAUCUUCCGUACCUAUUUGUUGGAAUCGUCCAAGGUAACUUGACAACGUUUCUUCGUUUUGAGCGGGCGCACUUUGGGUCUUGUUUAUUUUGAUUUUCCUAUGAUAAAUUCUUGUUGUUGAAUGUUGUUCUACUUCCUAAUUGUUAUUGUAGUAUGUACGCAGUUCUGCCCUCGACGUGUGACGUUUCCUAAUUUGUAGAUGGGUACCUUGGUGCAGUGUCUUGAUACGAGUCAGAAUGAUUUUUUGCUUGUGGAAAAAGGCACACGCAUAUGAUAUUAGCGACAUCAAAGAAGAAUUGGAAGAUGAUUUAUAAAUGUACUAACCACAAAUUUAUUGUAAUUUGGCGAUGAAAUAAGGAGCGCAAAGGACAUUCUUGUCGAUGAAAAAAUACAAUCAUCUUGCGUUGGAUCCAAGAAUGUAUUCUACUAUUGAUAUCCUAGUAAUUCUAAUCCGAACAAGGGAGACUUGUAUUCGAAUAUUAUUUGUGGCAUCUUGAUGUCGCUUACUCUCAUUUGCACGACUUCACUAUGCGCAAAGGUCAUGUUUAUUUUCUGAUUGCCCACAUAAGUUGAUGAAAACAAAUGCACCAGGUGGUUUAUUUCUAAAAAUUGCCCACAUAAGUUGAUGAAAACAAAUGCACCAGGUGGUCGUUAUGUGACACUCCUAUCCUAAUCGUUGUGAAUUAAUUGACAAGUAAGCAGUAUUUCUCUGUUAGACUCUAUCCCCACGAGGCAGUUGUACAGACGUUGAGCUUCCAUGAUUGAUCAAAGAAUCACGCAUCUUCUAGGUCUCCUCCGAGCAACGACAUUCCUCGGUGCAGGCUUGGCCGUUUCUCGUAUAGUGCAAUGUUCUGAAAAUUGCACAUAGGGC